AUGACCUGUCGAACUGCGUCCUCGUCUUCCUGCAUGCCGUGUGCAGCACUGCCGGUUGCAACGCCGGCACAGCGUCUCCAGGUUAGCCUCGUGCACACCCUCAAGUGGACAUUAGCUCUGCUGGUGUGCGUAUGGGCCGUUUGCCGACUGCGCCGGGCUCGUCAGCAGCCUCGGCGCAGGCUAAAGGGAUUUCCUGUUCCAGAGGACUACCGAGCAGCCGGUGUGAUCUUCUACACCGUGGACGAGCCACAGAACAUAGGACAGAUGUUGCUUGCUGUGGAGGAUCGAAAGGUCAGUUUGCGAGAGCUUGGUGUUGGCUCGGGUUCCGGCCAGAAAAGGGUGCUGCUGUUUCCACAAGGGAAGCGCGAGCAAGAGGAUGCGGACUUCGUCGCAACGGCACGCCGAGAAUUCAUCGAGGAAACAGGUGAUCCCACAAGUCUUUCUGGGUAUCUGGAAGGGAACGUGCUGUCUACGUGGUUUCCAGCAGCGAAAAUGGGCGUGGUAUUUUGCGAGGUUCCGGCGAGUGCAGCUGAGCCAUUCAGCCAAAGAGCACCUGCGCCACAGCCAGAACCACGCCCCAGGCGCCAGCAACCGCGACAGCAGGAAAAGCAGAGCCAGCAGAAGAAACCCUGGCCCUUGCAACCCGUCUGGGUCGAUGUUUCCUCGCUCCGCAGUGCUUUAAAAUCGAGCACAGGCCAAGUGGCAACGACUAUCGGACUGUUCCACCUGUUUCCAGUGACCAGGAAAUUCUUCCUGCUCGAUGAGGCUGCAGCGAGGUCCUGCAUGGAGACGUUUGAGAUUCUGUUUCGAUCUGUUUCUUCAGCUUGGUUUUUGCCCGGAUCGGGCAUGUCCAUAUGCGACAUGACUGCAAACAGCAAGACCGAGUCGACGACACGCAGUGCUAUCGAUUUCCGUGACGUCAUCGCUCAGAAGAGCGAACUUGUUCGAUUCUUGUGCGCCAUGCUCUCCGUCUCGGUCUGGCAAGGCCAGGGCCAGGGCCAGGGCCAGGUCGGCCUCUGUCGAUCUGCCACGGCGGCGAAGGCCACGCUGGUUUCCCCGAGGCGAGGGCCGCUGUGUGGGGGAAUCGAAAGCGUCGGCCUGGUCGCGAGCGCUGUCCUUCUCAGAGGACGGAAGCACAGACUUGGAAGGACCGCAAGGGCUGCUUCUGCAGGUUCCUUAUUUCUGCUUCCGGAUGGGCGUGACAUCCGUGUACUCACCAACGAGGGAGAAGUGAAACUCGCCGUCGCGGCAGAAGUUGCCAGUUGUUCAAGUGCUGCAAUCGCGGAGAAAGGUGCCUUCUCAAUUUGCGUGCCUGGUAGCUUCGGACCAGCGGAUGGGAAGGAGCUUUCAGGUGCCCAGCUCAUCGGAGAGUCAAUCGCAACACUCUCCGGGGAAGCUGACUUCGACAAGUGGCACGUCUUCUUUGCCGGCGAGAGAUUGGACGGCCAGGAGUCCUUCCUGCUGGCGAAGAAGCUCUGGAUAGACAGCUGUGGAAUUCCGGAAUCUCAGGUUCAUCCGGUUCCGCAGGGUAUUCCUGCAGAGGGGGCUGCAGCUCAAUACACGGCGGAAAUUUGCAUGCAGGAUGAGACCAUCCUGGUAGACAGCGAUCAGGGCCUCCCUGCGCUCGACCUGCUCCUUCUCGACAUGGCCAAAGAUGGUACCGUUGGGCGUUUGAAGCCAAACUCGUUGCGAACUCAGGCUCUGUAG